AUGGCGCCCACCCCUCCAAACUCGGCCCUGAACGGCGUCAUCAUCGGUCUCCUCUCCUCGUUCGGCUCAGCUAUCCUCAUCGCCCUCAUCUUCCUCGUCAUCUACUUCUUCCGAUACACAGACACAGGUCGAAUCUUCCUCGACCGCAUAGGCCGUCCGGGAGAGUACGAUGAUGAACAAGCAUUUGCACGCGAGGAGGCCGAGGCGCUUGAGACCAUGGAUGACCUCCAGCGGACUGAGUACUUGCGAGCCAAAGCCUUUAUUGCCGCCAAUCCCCCCGAAUCCCUUCAGACCGAUAUCUCUUUGUCGCAAUAUCUCGCCAUUCAGGAAAAGGGGGUCUCCGCUUGGGAAUUCGAGCCCGAGUUGGAAAUCGCAAACUGCUUCGUUGAAGGUCGGACCGAAAUCGAAUUCUUUGAUUCCGAAUGCACCGUCAUGAGCAACCUUCCCGUACCGAAACAGAACGAGGUCUACUACUGGGAAGCUAAGAUAUUUGAUAAGCCCGAAAACACCUUGCUGAGCAUCGGAAUGGCUACCAAGCCGUAUCCCCUGUUUCGGCUUCCAGGAUAUCACAAGUACUCUGUUGCCUAUAUGUCGACAGGCCAUCGCCGUUUCAAUCAACCGUUUAACCCGACACCUUAUGCACCCUCUUACGUCCAAGGUGACGUUAUAGGCGUGGGCUACCGGCCGCGGACGGGAACCAUCUUCUUCACUCGCAACGGCAGGAAGCUGGACGACGUAGUGCACGGGUUCAAAUCUCACAACUUCUUCCCGGCGGUGGGCGCGAACGGCCCCUGUAGCGUUCACGUCAACUUCGGCCAAGCCGGUUUCGUAUUCAUUGAGGCCAACGUCAAGAAGUGGGGCCUCGCCCCGAUGACCGGUAACUUGGCCCCUCCCCCGCCUUAUGGUUCCGAACAGGGCGACAUACUUUUGGAAGCAGGCCGGAAGGACGGAUACUCCGGCAGUAGUAGUAGCGCUGUUCAGACCCAUCACGUCUCCUCCCACUCAGUUCAGCCUUCCCGAGACAACGCCGGCCAAACGCUGAGUGCAGCACACGGCCAUGGGCGGACAAGGAGUGGCAAUUUCCGGGUACUGCCUCCGAGGAGCCCCGGUCCCACCACUAGCCCGACCGACAUUUCUCUGGCGCACUUCGUCCCCACCGACGACGGAGGUGAAUCCAGCAGCAGCGCGCCUGCUGUCCAUCCCCGCCAUGACGAGCACGUGGUUGGGCUGGGCAUGCAGGAUGCGCUUAACCCACCUCCCGAGUACACCAGUCCAGAGCAGUCGGAGGCAGGAAGUCGCCGGAACAGCACGGAUAGCGACAAUACUCCCCUCAUCCGGGUGAUCAAUAGGAGUCGCGGCAGCUCGGCGGCCGCUGCUGCCGGAUCUUCUCAGCCGCCGAUACCCAGCUACAGCGACGCUAUUAGGGACGGGGCCGGGAGUGCGUUAGGUAACGGGCCUGGGAUCACCCGUCACGUUUCUCGAUCCCGAUCCCACAGCGCCCAAUAA